AAUCAAAGCCCGAUUUUUAUAUAAGCAAAGACGAGUCUCUCUCUUUCUCACACGCACAUUAUAAUAAUAUAUAUAAACCCAUUGAUUCUCCCAUUACGCUUAAUUCCUUCCUCAUUUAUCGCCGGAUUCGAUUUCCGAUCAUCCUCUCCUCGAUUGCCCAAUCUCUCUUCUAUAUCGCUUUCUCUCUGACUCACUCAGUGUGUGGAUUGUGGAGUUACUUGAGUAUAUUGGUAUAAGACUCUCUUGCAUCGCUUGCUGAUUUCAGUUCAAACUAUGAUGCUUUGAACAAAUUUUGAAGCGUGCAAGUUGAAUUAUGUAUCACAACAUGGAAAAGGAAUCCUGUUAUACGGAGAGGAGAUACUUUGAGGAAAACAAACAUGAGCUGUUUUGGUUGUUGUGAAGAAGAUGACAUUGGUAAACAUGCUGAUGGUGGAGGCCAUUAUAUGAUGAAAAAUUCAGUUGGAAAUGAAGGACAUUAUCAUACAACAGAUGCUGCACUGAAAUCUCAAGCUGUUAAUGUCCAGCCUAUUGCAGUUCCGUCAAUUCCCGGGGAUGAAUUGAAAGAAAUUACAGAUAACUUUGGCUCUGAUUCUUUAAUUGGGGAAGGCUCAUAUGGACGGGUAUAUUAUGGAAUCCUUAAGAAUGGAAGGGCUGCUGCAAUAAAGAAGUUGGAUGCAAGCAAGCAACCAGAUGACGAAUUCUUAGCCCAGGUUUCAUUUGAAUAUUAUAACUUACUCAGUCCUAUGAGGAAUCAGGCAUUCAGCAUUAAGAGCCUAUUUGUCUCCCAUUAUAGGAGAAAUUGUAGAGUUUUGAACAAUAUUUUUUUUGGAGAAUGUGUGGUUAAAAUUUAAAGAAACUUUAUUGGUUUGU